AUACAGCAUUCUAUGUAAAGUCUUAAUUUUCAGAAUGAAGCGCGGAUGCGGCUUUAAAAUAUCAUUUUAAUGCCCUGCAAACGGCGAAGACGCAUCGCGAGACACUUCAGGAGCGGCAAGCAUUACUUUUACUGUGACAUGAUCAUCUUCCGAAAAUAUUGCCAACGACCCCUACGGCAGCUGGUUUAGUACAAAAUGCGCAAAACUUUUCGCAGUUAGGUCUAUUCGAUCUCGGACCGUGUUUUCACCACAAAAGAACCGUACCAGAGUUCGUCUGAAAGCGUACCGAGACCACCUCUUCAAGGAGCUUUUGGUGCGCACCAGAGUUCGAUUGCUGCAUUCUCACCUGCCCAAACGAGCAAUCGAACUCUGGUACAAGGCAGGUGUGAAAGCGCCCUUAAAGAAAUCCUCUCAAAAUGAUUGAAAGUGACUCCACCCACUUUCCACGCCCACUCGGGACUCUUACCCUCUGAACUCGAACCUGGUGUGCUUGUAUAAGGUGAGUGUGUGAGAGAGAGUUGAACGCACCACACCAUGGCUGAGCAGGAGUUCCAGAAGAUCGGAGACAAGCUCCUGUCCUACAGAGGAUUCGUCUUUCCUACUUCCAACAAGGACAGUUUUACACAGUACAAAGACAGUGCGAAGACGUUCCAGAUCAGAGACGAUGAUGUUUAUGUCAUUACAUUUCCUAAAUCUGGUUCGGUUUGGACUCAGCGCAUCAUAACGCUGCUGUAUGAGGACGAGUUUCCGGAGGCUGUGGAGCAGACUUCAUAUGACCGUAUGCCCUGGUUGGAGUUUCCUCAGAAUGGGGAGGAUUAUAGCACUCGUCGCUCCCCCCGGCUCUUCUGCUCUCACCUCCACGAGGACAUGGUGCCCCAUGGCCUACAGGACAAAGGAAAGAUCAUCUAUGUGACCAGGAACCCCAAAGACAUCAUGGUGUCCUACUUCCACUUCACUCGCUUCAUGAAGAUUUUAGAGUGUUCAGAGACAUACGGCGAGCUGAUGGAGAAAUUCUUUAGUGGGCGGAUGGUCGGAGGCCGCUGGUUUGAUCACAUCAGAGGCUGGUACACCAACAAAUACAAGUACAACAUCCUGUUCCUCAGCUAUGAGGAGAUGAUCAGGGACCUGAGAGGAGUCGUGGUGCAGAUUUGUACGUUUUUGGGGAAGAACCUGUCAGAUGAUGUCAUCGACAGCGUGGUGAAAAAGUCCAGCUUCAACUACAUGAAGAAAGACCCCAAAGCCAACUAUGAGAAUUUACCUGAUGAUAUGGUAGAUCAUAAGAAAGGAGGCUUCCUACGCAAGGGUACAGUGGGAGACUGGAAGAACUCUCUGACAGUGAGACAGAAUGAACACUUUGACCGUGUUUAUCAGGAACAGAUGAAAGACCUGCCACUGGACUUUGUGUGGGACAUCACUCAUAUAGACACAUAACACACACACAAAUACACACACAAAUGCUGAUUAAUGUUGAUAUUCCUACUCGAAAUUCUAAAUUCUUCAGAAUCUUCUAGUCAGUAAAGUGAGCUUUCUUUCAUGUUUAGAUCAAAAGAAUAAAAUAGACUAUAAUGUAUAAUGAUGUUAGUGUAAUGUUCUCAGACAGAAACACUGACAACAGACAACAACAACAACAACAAUAUAGAGCUGAUAUGAGCUGUGACAGUCUCCCAGAGAAGAAAGUAUAAUAAUAACAGUUAAAACAAUUCUACCAUUUACAAUAGAUGUCUAACACCUGCACUAUAUAGCACUAAACAUCGUCGUCAUCAUCAUUGUCGUCGUCAUCAUGUUUCACAUAAAUCAUUUUGGUUCAUUAAAGUCAUCUGCAUCACCA